ACUUCAAUCACCAGUUCGAAGAAGGAAAAGCCAAGAAGGCAUACAGCUAUUGCCUUCUAUCCCAUGAGCAGCUCUCCGAUGCAUCGCCCUGUGGCUCCACUCUUUCGGCCUCCUGUAUCUUCCAUGGAUUCAAUUGAAGUCCCUCAGUAUUACAUCUGCCCCAUCUCUCUCCAAAUCAUGAGAGACCCUGUCACUGCCAUCACCGGCAUCACCUACGACCGCGAGAGCAUCGAGCGGUGGCUCUUCCUCGACAACAAGAUGACGUGCCCUGUCACGAAGCAGCCCAUCCCAAAGGAUUCCGACCUCACCCCCAACCACUCCCUUCGUCGCCUCAUCCAAGCCUGGUGCACUGCCAACGCCUCCAACGGCGUCGACCGCAUUCCCACCCCACGAGCACCCAUCGACAAGCCCGGCGUCCUCGAGCUCCUCGACAACCUCUUGGUACCUCGCCUCCAGCUCGACUCCCUUAGAUUGAUUGCCGCUCUUGUCUCUGAGAGCGAAUGCAAUCGUUGCUGCAUGGUGCAAUCGGGCGCCGCUAACUCGUUGAUCCAGCUGAUCAUUUCAUGCUCUAAGAACAACCAAAUCAACCAUAUCGAGGUGGCUUUAAGCGUUGUUCGCUCCCUUCGAGUCCCUCCUGAGGACUUGAAGCCCCUCGUCACCGAUAACCAUGACCUUAUCGAGUCACUAACAUGGGUCUUGCGACAUGACUCUGGCAGCCAUCGCGGCAUCAGAUCGGCCACAAUUCUAGUUUUGAAGUCUAUAAUCGAAGCAGCGAGCUCUAGUCUAAGAGCCCGACUAAAGCUCGAUUUUUUCCAAGCUGUGACACUCGCCAUUCGUGAUCGGAUAUCUCAGCAAGCAACAAAGGCAGCGUUGCAUGUUUUAUUGCAUGCUUGUUCGGGGGGAAGGAAUCGAACAAAGAUCAUCGAAGCUGGUGCGUUGUCGGAGAUUAUCGAACUGGAGCUAUCUUUCCCUGAUAAGAGGACCACCGAGCUGAACUUGGCAGUAUUGGAUCAGCUAUGUUCAUGCGCCGGUGGGAGAGCUGAGCUCGUGGGGCAUGCGGCAGGGAUAGCGGUGAUCUCGAAGAGGAUACUUAGGGUUUCGCCUGUGGCCGAUGAUUGGGCUGUCAGGAUCCUAUCAUCAGUAUGCAAGCACUCUGCGACGAAGGAAGUGCUUCAGGAGAUGCUGUGGGUGGGGGCCGUGUCUAAGCUCUGUUUUGUUCUUCAGGCAGAUUGCUCGAGCUCGGUGAAGGAGAAAGCUAGAUGGGUGCUUAGGUCGCAUUCUGGAGUGUGGAAGGACUCUCCUUGCAUCAAUUUCCAAAUGUUAUCAUGGUAUCCUUGACAUGAUUCAAAUUAUUGCAAUUGUGGCUCCUUUGGUUGGAGUACUAUCUACUUAAUAGAAAGAUUUGUAAUCUAAAGCAUAUAUGCAAUGAUCUUUGGA